UCGUGGUGGUCGGUUAUUUGGUGUCGUCGUCUCGUGGUGGUCGACUUUUGUCCGGUUCGAUUGUUGCAAGCCCUUUCGUCCGAGUUUUUUUACAUCGUUAGGGGUUUUUUUUUCCUAAAACGGAAACAAUUUGCAUUUGGACGUUUUUUGAUUCCGUUUUCUGUUUGGUGAGAUUCAAGGAAAAGAAAAUAAGGACUACACGUACCAGAACGCAAUCACCCACUUGCAGUGUCGGCGACUGUUGUUUAAUUUCCUCGGGAAUGUCAUCUCGCUGAAGAUAUCGAAAGAUUCAAGAAGUCGACACUGAUGUCCGAGAGCGUGUGACACUAGUUCGAAGAAACAGAGUGAUUACUGGCUAGCUGAUGCGUAUAUUUUUAUCCGAAUUCAUCGAGACUGUUUUGCAGCGUCAAGAACAACUUUUAAUAGCGUUCUAAUGCACGUGAUUAUUUUUUGAAUCGACCGGAAUCAAAUCGUAAGUGGGCUGUUCAUCUCGGCUAAAACGCUUGAUUGAUUUGUCAAUGUUGGAAGUGGCUGUCAUGUAGGGAAGAAUUUUUGGUCAUUUUCUAGAAAAAUAGGAAAAAAGAAACGGGAAACGAGGCAGUAGGAGACAGACUUGGUGGUGUGGGUGUGAAACAUUUCUGAAAACGGUGCCGCGAAUCGCUACCGUCUCGUUCUCGUUCACUCGGUUGGUGGUCACUUAUUCACCACGCACGCACUUGGUCCCGAAAAACGUUCGAGUCCGAGUUUUGCUCACGCGAGAUAACUCGAAGCCGCAUGGUUUCUCCUACUGGGUAUUCGAGAGAAUUUUCCGAGAAAGCGAGAGAGCGUGGCAGGUUUUCCCGAUAGUAAACAACACUCUACUUUCUUUUGAAAUUUAGUCAGUUCAGAAACGUCAAGGUAAAAGUCAGAGCCAACUGAGAGCGAGAGUUGGGCCAUGUGUAUAGUUCCCUCAAAAACAACUCCAUCGAUGAUAAUCAGUGUUGGUGGUGAAAAGUGACGUUUUUCGGAGCAUUGUGGAAAAUUAUAGAUGUACACACAACGUACAGCGAAAAAUCGUGGGUGAAAAUUUUCUGUUUACCGAUCGUGAUUCAUUGGAAAGUGUUCUCUUCCCUGGCUAAUCCUUCAUUUUCGAAAGGUUAAACAAAGUGAAAUUGAACCACACAUCAGUCUCCGCAAGCUAGACCUGGAUAAGUGUGAUAUUGUAGCGUCGUAAUCAGAAAGAAGCCCUUGGAGUUCUCCUACAGUGCGGAUUACCACAAUUGUCUUAUCGAGUUCAAAUUGAAGAAUCCGGACCAUUUUUGUAUGCCACUGUCGCUGGGUGUUUGGGCAUUUUUCGGUUCGCGCUGAUUGAAUUCGGCCAGGUGAAGAUGCGCCCUCAAAGGGCAACCAAGUAGGCCAUUUUCGCUAAUGGUCGUUGGUUUUUCGAAUCGUGUGUUCUGGAGGUGGUUUUGGUGAAGUUGCAGCAGCAGGCGUUGAGGUGGAAAGCGAGUGCUAUGAUAAGCUGUAUUUGGUGGUGACGUUACCAGUGCGGAUCGAUUGACAAAUACAAACAAUAAACCUAAAUAGUAGGAGCUUAUAAUCCCUAUCUAUGCCUACUGAGGAGCAGAACGACCGUAUUUUAUUGCAUCACAGUAGGCCGACUGGUGGUAAAAUUCGAAGAGCACACCGACUGGAAGGACGCUACAAUGACGUCAAAACAACGCUCGACGGCCUACUAGAAUCGAAACCAGACGGCGGCGUAAUCCAUAGGACCAUUUUUACACGAAACGCAUCAAAGACAACUGGAAGCAGAAGCAGAAGCAAAACUAUCCCUCGAGUCCUCCUCUAGAUAUCUAAGCUUCCCAAUUUCUCUUAAAACCUAGUAUCGCAAUAUCAGCUGAGACCAUCUUGCCUGACGUUCUCCACUUUUUGGAUCGAAUCAGAUACCCUUCUUUUGGCAAAGGAAGGCAAGUGUUUCGAAACGCACAAAACAAAGGUUAGCUUUCUACCUUAGGAACACACUUACACAUCAACCAUCAACGUAUGAAACAGCUAAAGGACCACCGGAGUAAGCUGAUCAGAAUGUUGACCCGUCGGAAUUGGCUGCUACGGUGCAGCAUCCUGAUCAAUGUGGCGGUGUUGCUGUAUCUGUGCAGCCAUCUGCUGAUCGGGGGCGGAAACUUUGCCCUCGGCCCUGCCUAUAUCAUAUCGGCCGAUACGGACACAACGAUUGCGGCUGCGGCGUCUGGCGGCGGCUAUCGGGGGCACUUGCCGGCCAAGGUUGCCCAGCAGUUGAGGCAAGAGGAGCGGCUCGAGGAGCUGCUGGAAUCGUCCCAGCAGCUUGCCCAGCAGCAGCAGCAACAGCAACAGGCCCAGAAUCAGCAGCAGCAUCAGCACAACAAUGUGGUGGUGAAGAUUCAGGAAAAUGGAAUCAGCGUCCAAGAGGUUCCGCAGGUUCCACAACUGGGUCAAUCCCAGCAACAGCAACAGCAACAGCAAGACCGGAUGCUUCUAGAGGCCGCUGCCGGAGGUCGGGAUGUAGAUAAUUCUAAUAGUAACGUAGAGGAUAGUCGAUUCGAUGUGCCAAUAGACGAAACCCUGGGUAACAGUAAUAAGAACGUGAACGGUGGUGGUCCAAAGAUGGCGCCAUCUGGUGGUGGGCCAGAGAUCCUUUACCAGGAUGGGUCCCUCAUGACAGGACCAAACGGAGCGGGAGCUGGUCUCCUGAACGUUAGUGAUAUCUUUUCGACCACAGCGUCGAUCGAUCUCGAAAUGAAACUGAGGUCGCUAUUGAACUGUCACGAUCGUGACUACGAGCCGUACAUCGGCCAGCGGGGUGACUUCUGGGUGCUCAAGAACUACGUCCGUGCCGAGCACGGGGAGCUGAGGUGUCACGAGACCAUCACCUACACCACGCACGCCGACUACACGUUCCUCGAUAAUCUGAUACCACUGGUCGAAAGGUGGAACGCCCCGGUCAGUUUGGCGAUGCACGCGCCCGGCACCGACUUCAUGCCCACGGUCGGCGCGAUCAAGUAUCUGCGAGACUGCCUGCCCGAGAGCCAUCUAGUUCGUCAGUUUGUCACCUUUCAUAUUUAUUUUAGUAGUAAACAUAUUCCAAAAGUUGUUCCUAAAUACGACAAAGUAUUAGAACCGCCGUACAACUGCUCGCAGCAUCCGCCCUUCUACAACAUGUCGAGUGGGCAGCUGUACAAGACGCAGAAGAAGCUGCUGUAUCCGGUGAACGUGGGCCGGAACAUUGCCCGGGACGCGGCGAUGACCCACUUCAUCCUAGCUAGUGAUAUCGAAUUGUACCCGAAUCCGGGCCUGGUGCACAAGUUCCUAGAGAUGAUCGUGCGAAACGAGCCGGUGCUGCAGCGCAAAAAUCCGAGGGUCUUUCCGCUGUCGAUUUUUGAGGUGGACAGCAGCUCGCCGGUGCCGCGGGACAAAACGGAGCUGCAGGAGCUGCUGCGGCAGGGUAAGGCCAUCUCGUUCCACAAGCGAGUUUGCUCCAGCUGCCACGGGGUGCCCAAGUCGAAGGAGUGGAUCGCGGCCAAUGAAACUGACGAUUUGGGAGUGUUUCACAUAGGAAAGCGGGUGGGAUACUUUAUCCACUGGGAGCCGAUCUACAUCGGAACCCACGCAGAUCCACACUACGAUGAGCGGUUAAGUUGGGAGGGAAAGAGUGAUAAAAUGACGCAGGGUUACGCGCUCUGCGUGUUGGAUUACGACUUCCACAUCCUGGACAAUGCCUUCCUGGUGCACAAACCAGGCAUCAAGGUGCUGAAGAAGGAUCCGAAGCGGGCCAUGCUGGCCGCCAAGACCAAUCAGCUGAUCAAGAAGAUCAUCUACCCGGAGCUGCAGAUCAUGUACGGUUCCCGGAAGGGCUGCGCCGUAUAGUUGAAGGGGAAACUCCCUGCGGCCCAAUAGUAUAAGGGGAAUGGCAAUGGCAGAGGUGGUGGCAGCGACAGGAGGACUGACGACAAGAUGAUCUCCGGUGACAUCCGGAUUGCCAACGCCGAUGCCGACGCCGCCUCUGCCACUGCUGGUGGUGGUGGUGGUUCUAGAGCAGGUGGUGGGAUGCUUUCUGCCGUCGCUUCCCCUCCGAAUCCGAUCCUGGCCGGGGCCGGAUUUCUGGUGACCUUCCUCGAGCAGCGCCCGCACGUAGGCAGCCGACGGAAGAAGGGAAAACGUAAGGGUUACGUCAGACGGCGGAAGUAAAUCUAGCGAUAAGACGUGUAAGUAUGUGUACGUAUGUAUGUACUGUGUGCUAAGCUAAGUCGCAUUUUACGAUAAUCAGGACAAAGUGCGUUUGGGCAAAGAAUAACUAGGCGGGUGCGAGAGUUUUGUACAUUAUUGUUUGAAUGAGAAAAAUUGCAUGCGACCAGAAUAUUGAACGCAAUAAGGCUUAGAUCAGUAAGAAAAAGAACGGUGAUAUGAAAAAAAUACUGUCUUAAAUAUACUCUUAGACUAAAACAAUGCUAAACUAUAGUAAGAUAAAGCAAAAAAAAAAAACAAACAAGAAAAACAAAUUGGCUGUUUGGUUAACGCAGAUAAAGUAAAGUAGUGACACAGUAUCGAUGUGAUACACAAUUUUUUGUAACUUUUGUCAGUGGUAGAAAUUUUUUCCACACCGAGAGAUAAUUCACACACGAAAAAAAAAAAUACAUUUGGAUCCUUAAAACGAGGCAAAGUAAAAGUUAAAAAAUGUUGGCAACGCUGAAGCUAACACAAGUAAAUCACACAAACACGAAUGAUGUAGUGAUGAAUAUUUUAUAAAUCACUUUUACACCUUAAACAAACAAAAAAAAAUCAAGUAAAAUCAACAACGUUAUCACACAUUGUGGAAAAUCAACAUGUAAACGAAAAAGGAAAAAAAAUGAAAAGAAUUUAGAACCACUAAACGCAACAUGAAACUUUUAAAUGGAAAAUGAGAAGCACAUUGAUCAGCAGACUGUUGAGAUGAAUAUCAAAAACGUAAUGUCGAAGAACUAUCGAACAUUUCUUUUGAUUUUGACAUUUUAAAAUUUUUUCAUUAAAAAUGUUUUUUUUUGUUUAAACUUUUUUUUUGUUAAAACUAAAUUUGGAUUGAAAUUUAGGAAUCAGAUAAAAAAAGAUAUUUUGAAUGACUUUAUUUUUACGUAUCCAACGUUUCGAUCCUUAAAGGAUCUUAAUCAGGAACUAAAAUUUGUAAAAAUAAAGUUGUUCUUACUGAAAAAACUGAAACUGAAAGCCGAAAAUCAACUUACUAAAAGUAAACUGAACAGUCACAAAAAAAUAAUCUGUAUUCUGAAUUCUAAAUUCUGAAUUCUGAAUCUGAAUUCUGAAUUCUGAAUCUGAAUCUGAAUUCUGAAUCUGAAUUCUGAAUCUGAAUUCUGAAUCUGAAUUCUGAAUCUGAAUUCUGAAUCUGAAUUCUGAAUCUGAAUUCUGAAUCUGAAUUCUGAAUCUGAAUUCUGAAUCUGAAUUCUGAAUCUGAAUUCUGAAUCUGAAUUCUGAAUCUGAAUCUAAAUUCUGAAUCUGAAUUCUGAAUCUGAAUUCUGAAUCUGAAUUCUGAAUCUGAAUUCUGAAUCUGAAUUCUGAAUCUGAAUUCUGAAUCUGAAUUCUGAAUCUGAAUUCUGAAUCUGAAUUCUGAAUCUGAAUUCUGAAUCUGAAUUCUGGAUCUGAAUUCUGAAUCUGAAUUCUGAAUUUUGAAUCUGAAUUUGAAUUCUGAAUUCUGAAUCUUAAUUUUUAUCUGAAUUCUGAGUCUGAAUUCUGAAUCUGAAUAUAAAUUCUAAAUUUUAGAUCGGCAUUCUGAAUCUGAUUUCGGAAUUUUGUAUCCGAAUUUUGGAUUUUGAAUCUGAAUUUGGAAUAUGAAUUCUGAAUCUGAACUUUGAAUUAUGAAUCUGAAUUCUCAUUUCCGAAUUUUUUGCAUUCGAAACUUUUAUACUCAGAAUUGGACUUCAAUUAUUUUUUGUUUAUUUCUGAAAUCCGAAAUGAAAAAAAAGAUCAGUAAAAAUGCAUUUUGUCUCCAUCAUGAGUGCCUUAAAGUAAUGGAGAGACAAGAAGAGUAAAUCACAUCCAACUCAUUCAGAUCGAAAUCAUUCACCGAUUGCGUCAGUUGUUUGAUUGUGUUAGCUUAAAAUCAGUCAAUGUACUCAAUGGAACGCAAAGUUUUUGCUGUUUUAAUGCACAUCAUCAGAAAUCAUAAAAAUAGGAAAUUUUUAUCUCCAGCCCAUGGUUCCACUAAAUGGAUAACAAAUCUUGAAGUCAGCAGCCGAAAUGAUCAAAAAUUGCUGUUGAAUUUUUUAGAGUGCUUAGCAUAGCUGCAUUGAUUUUAAACAACAAGAUCUAAUCUUUGUUCAGGUUAUUGGUUUGAAAAUACGUACUAUCUACUCCUCGUGUUUUGCUUUCCUUAAAAUUGUACUGAAGUAGAAACAAAUCCAAAUCGAAAAUAUCUACCCUAGGAGAAGUUACUUGAAAAAACCUCUACACUCAAUUCAAUUAUGUUAUCGGGUAAAGCUCCAAAGUAAGAUAGAACAAAAACCUCUAAACAGUGGAAAAUUCUUUGCAGUGUAUCAUCGAAACUGGAAUAACAUUUCGAAAGGAUGAAAUUCAUUCCAGAUCGAGAGUAUCUAAGAUCCCUUAAGAAAUUUGCCUGCUAGAAAAAAUCAAGGUUUUAUUCGAGUUUUAGCAUUUUACUUACACAACAAAACUAGGCCUUGAUCAAAGACCAAUAAUAUCUGAUGGGGCUUUCAACACACACAUUUGUGUCCAUCGACGCCACUUUUCCAUGCAAUAGCAAAAAAAAACAAACAAAAAACUAAAACGUACCGGUAGACCGUUUACCAGUUAAUUAAGUUCGGAAAGACUAGUUUUUAGACGUUUCGUAACAGUAAAAAUUGUAUCAAAUACAAAAGAAAAAGAUAAAAAUAGGAGUUACUUCCCAGUAUGGGAGCAAAAAUAUCGAUUGCCACUUGUAUGACUAGAUACUUUUAAUGCGGACAUUUUUUCGCGAUCCCCUAGUUUUUAGUGUUACAUUUUUUUCCGUUCUUUCAUUUUUACUUUUCAAUAGAUAUUAGUUGACAGCUAGUUAGAACUGUAUAGAUUCCUGAAAGCCUGUUUUCUCUGAAUAACGUCGCUUAAACAAAAAGCAAAGUUUUACCACACGUAGGAUUCUUUGGGUACCUUAGUAGAUGUCAAAAUAGUGUUUGUUUUAGUGAAACACCUCGAUACGAUUCAAAUUCAUACCCUUGAAACAAGAUUUUUUCCAAUCUAGUGUUCUUUGUAGUGAUGAGAGUUUUCCGCCCUAGAUUCAUUAGAAUUUAUUUCGAUAUCAAAUCCAAGCAAGCCGCGAAUAGUAUAAAGGUUUCCAACUCCAUGGGAAUAGUUUCGAGCUCAAACGAGUAGGCCAUGCGAAACAGAAGUAAACACCCCAGAGAACAUCUUUUGGGAAAGCUUAACUUUUCAAAGGGAUGUUACUAUUAUUUAUUGCCAUUCCUAGAUCAAACCUAGACUUCGCCUACAACAUUUCAUGAGCUUUGCAUUGAUCAAUUCCACAUCAAAAUACUAUUCAUUCUACAUGCAUUUAUUUCUAUUAAAAAUGCGUUUACCCUUUCUGCAUCAUCAGACAUCAACUUAUUUAAUCACACUUACAAAUUCAUGUCAAUUGUUGCCAGUAGUUACGAUUCAUUGCCGAAGGUUCAGAUUGAGUUACCUACGCACAACUUCCUAAUCUGCAUACACGCAUCUCUUCUUCCAAUGCAACAAUUAUUGGAAGCUGAAUUUAAAACUAACACGCGAAUCCAUUUCAUCGUCAUCGAUUUGUUUUGUGCAAUACAUAAUAAUAAAAAACAAAACCAAUGACUAGGAGAAAAUUGGAAAAAGUUACUGUAUUGUGACAUUAGUGAGAGUAUCCAUGUAUAAGCAAAUCAAAAAGAAUAAAAGGAAGAAGCAAAACAAAGAACAACGUAAACGCGGAAAAUAACAGUAUCAAAUCAGCAUCAAUACUCACAAUCACAAACACACACACAAACGUACAUGAAAAUACCCAUUGUCUUUUAGUGAAAAUGAGCGACGAAGCGAAGAAGAAAAAGGAGAACACAACUACCAGAAGAAUAAAUGUAUUUAAAAACAAA